CAUACACACUUCCUAUUAACCCAACUACCAACAAACGAAGAGUAAAAUCACAACAUAAGCUGAGAGAGAGACGAGACAUUAUCCUGCAGUAUUUUAUGUCUUUAAAAUGACCAAACUGCAGCUGUUGAAUGCUUACCUGACAGAACGUUUAACGGUAGUGGUGCGGGAGAUUCUGGACGUAGUCGGGGACACAGUGGCCGAGUACCGAGAAGAGACGGCUAGGACGAAGAGAGAGAAUGAAAGCGCUAAGAGAGAAAAUGAAAGCCUUCGGCGACAGCUCCGGGACAUCUUACUCUUGGCGGAGACAGACUGGCGUUCCACCAGCCUUUCUCUCUCUGGGCAGCAGCAGCUUUGUGAGCAAGAGUGGAGCUCCAGGCAGGAACAGGACCCAGAGCCCCUGCAGCAGAGCCAGGUCAACAGGCGAGGGCUACAGACACAGAGCCAGGUAGCGUUGGGUAAGGAUGGGGGUUUCACAGGACCAAACCAGGGACACACUGAAACGGUCCGAGUAGAAGAGAAGCCCAGUCCAGGGCAGGCAAUCCCAAAGACAGAGCACAACUCAGACCCAGAACCCAAGGGUUUUGGAAACACCUCGUCCUUGGCCCCAUCUCCGUUCUCCUCCAAUGCCCACUGUGCCACAACAACUCGAGCAGCCAACGCUGAAUUGCCAGUCCUUAGGACAGAGAGAAAGAGGUCCUCUCCCAUCGACCCAAUCCAGGGACGGAUCAAAAUGGAACCCAAGGAAUGCGACGUCACAGUGAACCUCACCAACCAUGAACCUCAAUCCAGUUCAGGCUACACAGGUCUUCCUAUAACACUACUACCCCACAACCAUGAACUCUCAGGCGACGCUGGCUUCAAAGACCUUCCAGAUAUGGACAUCUCAGAGCUCCAUAACACACCCGUACAUGACCAGCAAACAUAUGAAACAGAGCCUGGGUCCAAGGACCGGGUGUUGCCAUACAAUGAGAGUAACAACUUCACCCCCACCGACCACCAGGAGGGGCGCCCACACCGCUGCACCCGAUGUGGGGAGAGUUUCAGCCAGGCGGCCAGCCUCCACCUCCACCUUCAGUAUAAGAAGGCCUACGCCUGUGACUGGUGCUGUAAGUCCUUUGCCCAGUCGGCUGACCUGCGGCGCCACCACCGUAUCCACACGGGGGAGAGGCCCCACCGCUGCUCCUGGUGCUCCAAAAGCUUUACCCAGAGAGGCAACCUGAGACGACACCUGAGGAUCCAUACCGGUGAGAGACCCUACAGCUGCCCCUACUGCCACAGGACUUUCAGCGAUGGAGACACCAUGAAAAAGCACAAACGGACUCACUCUGGGGAGAAACCCUAUCGCUGUGUCCAGUGUCCCAAGAGCUUCACUGUGGCCAGCGGUCUGAGGGUACACCUGAACACACACCUGACUGAUGCAGGGCAGCUCAUCACAUGAGGUCAAUGCGCUAGCUAAUGAGCUACUGCUGAAUCAGCUACACCUUGAAAGGAUUGUGAAACGUUGAAGUGUUUUAGCCAUAGGAAUAUUUCCUAAAUAUAUUUAUUGGAAUUAAUCAAAACAGUGCAGUAGAAAACAAAUGGAUAAUGUCAUCUUAGCUGAUGUUUCCAGCUUGAUUGAAGAGUGUGUGUUUGUGAACAUGAAUUAAAUCAGUCCGUCAUUUAAAUAUUAAAAUCACAUGUCUGAUUCUGUAUUUAUUUUGUAUUAACAUUGAACCAUCUUCCAGGUUGUUUAUUUCCAAAAGGAAGAUGCCAGAUGCUUGACUCACAUCACCUUCACUCAAGAUAUGUAUUAAUAUACUAGGUAAUAAGGGUGCAAACCUAACAGUAGAUUUUAAGUAGAAAAUCCCUUUAAAAAGCUUGCCUCCCCUUUUUCAUGAAUUACGGUAGCGUUUUUAUCACAUGACCAUGGAGAGUUAAAGAACCAGGAAAUGUAUGCUUUCGCCGAGGUGUUUACAAAACAAUCUAGCUUGGGUCGUUACUAGGAGGCUUUCAGUGGAUUUUAACAAGUAUUUGGGAGAGGCUAAUUUCUAGAAAAUGGCAAAACUACAGCUUUUGAAUGCUUACCUCACCGAGCGGUUAAUGGUGGCUGUAGAUGAGAUACUGGAGGUUGUUGGGGGGACAGUGUCAGAAUUCGAGGAGGAGACUGCCCGGACGAAGAGAGAGAAUGAACUCCUAAAACGAAGGCUACGAGAAGUUGGACUCGACACGGGAACGGAGUGUUCAGCAGUCUCGACCAGGCCUGUUUCUAUCUCUGUGUCUGGGCAGCACCAGUGGAGCGCCGACCAGGGUCCAGACCCUGAGUCUACACACACCCAGAACCACAUGGUAAUGAGCCAGGAUGAGAUGCCUGCCACACAUAGCCAGCAACCCACAGACUGCACCGAGUGGAAGAGUCUGUGUAACUCUCCAUGUACCCUGUCCUCACAACAGACCGAUACAUCGGCUACCACCCCAGUAGUAGCUCCAUUGACUUCAGCGUCUGUGAAAAGGGACUUGGACGAAGAAGACGACCAGCAUCUCCUUCCCUCUGCAAAUCCCUUCAGCAGCACAUCAUGCCCCGUGGACAGAGUGGUUUUACGCUAUAACUCUGAGGGCAUCAAAACAGAGCCUAGUGAUACUAGCCCUACUGACUUGGGGUCAGUAUCUGCUCAGAUGGGGUAUGGUGAACUAAACCCCAGUUCGGACCCUGGACCAGCCACUGUUAAAACCAAGUACACUGUCUCAGACCUGAGCGCUGACCUGGAGUCAGUGGUUGCAGAGAGCAGCAGGUAUGGUGCCUCCACUGCCUCGGGCGUCCCCACUGACCUGGUAUCAGCUAGUGCUGCCAUGAUCCCAGACGGCUUUUUCCGUCAGAUUGGCAGCGAUGGUUGUGUAUCAACAGGGCCAGAACAAGACUUUGGGGACGCCACCACCACCAGUACCGUAGGUCCCUUGACCUCCCAGUUCUACCCGGGUCAAACCAGACAAACAAAUAGAUCAACAAAUAGGUGUCAUCAACAAAUAAACAGGUCUACAAACAACAGGGGUCAACAACAAACUAACAACAGGGGGGAUCAGAGGUCCCACCCGUGCCCUCAGUGUGGUAAGAUAUUCAGUCACGUGUCACGCCUCAAGAUCCACCUCCGCAUUCACACAGGGGAGAAGCCGUACGUUUGUGCACUGUGUGGCAAGCGAUUCAACAACGAUGGCACACUGAGGAACCACCGGCGUGUUCACACGGAGCUGCGUCUGUACGGCUGCCCUGUCUGCGGCAUGAGCUUCAAGGACGCCUACACGUGUAGGAAGCACCAGCGUGUUCAUAAUGGAUUGCGGCCUGCCGGAGGCUGGGCCCACACCUGCAGCUUGUGUGGCAAGGCUUUCAGUGAGGCGGCUAAGCUGACCAAACACAUCAGGACUCAUGUGUCAGUCAUUGGAUGAGGGCAGUACAUAGCAAUCCAGUACAUAGCAAUCCAUUCUUAUAGCAAUCCAUAAAGGAUUUAUAAGUACUAUAUAAAUGCUUCACAUAUAAUCUAUUAGCGUAUGUUAUACACUAUAAAUGGUGUAUAAAGGGUGACAUAACAAUUCCCACUGUAGGGUUUAUUGCCAAAUGUAAGUUAAUAGACCAUUUCUAGAUUAUGACUUACACUUAUGAUUUGUAAACCUUUAAGUAGUGCUAUAUAAAGCCUUUAUUGUACUUUGCAACAGAGCUCCCAAGUGGCGCAUUCUGCUCAGGCACUUCACCCGAAGUGCAGAGGGGCAUCACUACAGCCAGCCGUGACCGGGAGUUCCAAGGGCGGUGCACAAUUGGCCUAGCACUGUCCGGGUUAGUGGAGGGUAGGGUUGGCAGGGAAUUCCUUGUCUUAACUUGCUCUAGCGUCGUCUUAUGGCGGACUGGGCGCCUGCAUGCUGACUAGGGUCGUCAAUCGAACAGUGUCCCGUCCAACACGUUGGUCCGGCUGACUUCCGGGUGUGUAUAAGAAGCAGCGUGUUUGUCCAAUCCUCACUUCUCCCGAGCCCGUUGGGGAGUUGCCGCAAUGAAACACAAUUGGAUACCACGAAAAUGCUUUCAUUUCUAAACGGUAAAUAGAUAUGUAUGAAAAUCUCAAAUCCAAAAUGCUGGAGUAUAGAGACAAAUAUUAUUUUUUAGCUUCACUGUCCAAAUACAUAUGGAGGGGAGUGUAUGACCAUGGCUGCACCAGCUUCAACAGGACAUGCCUCUGUGUGCUCUGUCUGUGGCAUAUAGUGAGCAUCCCGCAUCUGAUUAUACAGUCAUCAGCGAACCCACAAGCAGUGGUUGAAGUCAUCAUCAGAUGUGAUGGACUACCUUAAGCAAGCAGCAAGUGUGUGUGUAGACUUUUUUUUUUUUAAAUGUGUACUGUGCGUGUGUUUUAUUUUACUGUAUGCGCACAGUGCAUGUUUGUUUGUGCACCGGCCCGUCCAAAGGGCAGCGGGGCUCAGUCUGUUACAGGGAGGUUAUUGACUUUUGCUGUGUUGUAGUGUUGAUCCACUUCCUGCUUGUGACUCUGGGGGUGGAGCCUGCUGACCUUAGAGACUGCAGAGGACGAACCAUGGGUUGAAGACAUUGGUGUCAAACACAAUUCCUGGAGAGCCGCAGUCAGUCUUUUUUAAAGACAGAAAACAAGCAAUGUUUUUAGGGUCUGAUCUAGACCUGCAAGAAAAGCCGGGGUCAUGUUCACUUGAAACCAUUUGAAUUUGUCCAAUAAGAGUCACUGAUUCAUUAAGUAAAAGGGAGGAACCCACAGACACUGCAGUGGACGGAAGGACUGGAGUUUUACUCAUGUGGUUUAGGAGUCCAAAAAUACAUUCCUUACCCCAGGAUAUGUCACAAGGUGACUACACAGGAACAUUUAAGGAAAAGGAGCACCCCGUGUCUGCACUGAUCUGAGAAUUUUAUUUUGGAAAACAAACCAGCUUAGGAUGCCUUCAUUAGAGUCUUACCAUGGUCUCUGAUAGCAAGUGCUCAGACUUCAAGACUUAUUGUGGCGCUGAUAGUUCAGAGCCUAAUGUACAGUAAAUGGGAUUAUUUUUAAA